GGUUGUCUGUUUAUUGUCGCGGCCAAGGCCGAAGUUUUCACAAGUCACAGUUGCAGUUGCAGUUACAGUUACAUUUUGCAUGCUUCGCCCGGUAUGCGUACCUGACGAGCGUGGCACUGUUAUGCGGGGUUGUUUUUGUCCCUGGCCCUGGCGUGUUGUAAGGUUGAAAUUGAGGUUGCAGUGAAAUAGGGGGCGCGCCGGCAUCUACUACGUAUAAUAUCUGAUGACGGUCGUCUGGGUGCGCGGUGGUUACUGGGUAUGAGGAUUUCCUUGCUAGGACCUUCCUGAACCUUUGCCCGAUGGUCGUGGAAAUCCUGCUCGAUACCUACUUCGUGCAGGCGUUGAGGGCUUACAACCCUUAUCAUCUACGUACGACAUGGAACGCCGGGCCCAGUCAGAUGCGCUUGCGGGAGGCUCCUCGACUUACUUGCGCCUGCCUGUCGGCAGCGACAUGCACUUAUGGUGACAUGCACUUACGCUGCACUUCCGACAUCGCGAUACUGCUCAAGCUCGUUCUCUCGCAGUCCGACCACCGCCAUGAACUUGAUCACGUGGCCGAAGAACCGGUCGCUCGCGUCAUGGACUUAUGUAGCGAGCAUUGCUUUUUGAGAAGGCGCGCUCGUGUCGGUGUCUGUGCUUGCGCAGGCGGCCUGACGGGCGUGCACCUGCAUGCGCCCACGCUGGGCCGCGGUUUUCCGCUGCUGCUUGCGUUGCGUGCUUUCCUUGCGGGUGCUGGGUGGCCUGUGGGCACUAACUAGGUAGGCUGGCGGUGACUUCGCUGCCCGCGGUGGCAUUGGAGCUGCUCGGCUGUUGUUGU